UUUGGAACUUACAGGUGAGCAGACUCUCUCCAAACUCGAAUCUUUUUUUUUAACGUAUUUCUAUCUUUAGAAAUAUGGGUUUUGGUUUUCUUUAUGUUUUUUAUAUGAUUAUAUAGUUUCAUGAUUUGAAGUUUUGGUGACUAAGAAAAGAGGGUUUGCAAGAGAAGUUUUGUUAGUGAUGAUUUUUGUGGGAAUUCUUUGUUAUGAUUGUUAAUGAUAUUGCUCCCCAUGCCUAUAGAGCUAAACCACAUAUAUAUGAUUGAUGAAAUGAUCAUUUUGUGCUGCAAUUCUUGCGUUUCUGUUUUUUGACUCAUGUAUAGGAACAAAAUGCCUAUUUUUCAAGAAAUUGUUCCAUAAAUUUCCUUGAUAUUAUAUAUAUGUAGGCAAUUGAUGAAAUGAUUAUUUUGUUGUGCAGCUCUUGUUUUUCUGUUUUUGACUCAUUUAUAGGAUAAAAAAUGCCUAUUUCCAUAAAACUGUUCCAUAAAUUUCAAUCAAGAAUUAUGUAAGUUUAAAUCUAAACUAUGAUAGAUUUUGGCCUCGGCUUUUAUCUGCAGUUAGCAGUUGUUUGUUGUUGAAGAAUAUGAGGUGCUUUCACUUCUCCAAUGGUCAUAAUACUGAUGAGCCACAGACCACGAAAUUCGCAUCAGGUGGCUCGUCCACGUCCAUGUCCACGUCCACGGAUCUUGAUGUCAGAAAACUAGGGUCGGAGAACGUAUCAGACAUAAGCAGCGCGUCGUCUGCUAAGAUCUCGUUCGCUAGCCUGUCUCAGAAGCACAGCAACCUCAGGGUGUUCACAUUUGCAGAGCUGAAAGCUGCAACGAAGAGCUUCAGCCGCGCCCUCAUGCUUGGAGAGGGCGGGUUUGGGCCCGUGUAUAGGGGCGUUUUGAGGGAGAAGGCAGAUUCGAGUAAACGGAUUGACAUUGCUGUUAAACAGCUCAGCAGCAGAGGAUUACAGGGGCACAAGGAGUGGGUGACAGAAGUGAAUGUGCUUGGCAUUGUUGAUCAUCCGAAUCUUGUGAAGCUCGUAGGCUACUGUGCUGAAGACGACGAGAGAGGGAUCCAACGCCUUCUGGUGUACGAGUACAUGCCAAAUCGGAGCGUGCAGGAUCAUAUAUCAAGUCGAUUUCACGCACCUCUGCCAUGGGCCACUAGGCUAAAAGUAGCUCAGGAUGCUGCAAAGGGACUAGCAUAUCUUCAUGAGGGCAUGGAAUUUCAGAUUAUCUUCAGAGAUUUCAAGUCAUCAAACAUUCUUUUGGAUGAGCAGUGGAGUGCUAAGCUCUCAGAUUUUGGGUUGGCCAAAUUAGGCCCUGCAGAUGGAUUAAGUCAUGUGUCUACUGCUGUUGUGGGGACCGUGGGAUACGCUGCACCGGAGUACAUCCAGACGGGGCGGCUGACAGCCAAGAGCGACGUGUGGAGCUACGGGAUCUUCCUGUACGAGCUCAUCACGGGGAGGCGCCCCUUUGACAGGAACCGGCCAAAAGAUGAGCAGAAGCUCUUGGAUUGGGUGAGGCCACACCUCUCGGACAUGAAGAAGUUCGAGCAGAUCAUCGACCCUCGUCUCAACGGCAAGUACGACGUCAGGUCCGCUCAGAAGCUCGCAGCCAUCGCCAACCGGUGUCUCAUUAGGCACCCCAAGAACCGGCCUAGAAUGAGUGAAGUUCUGGAGAUGGUUAACCAUGUUGUCAAAGCGAUGAGCACUGAUCAGAGCCCGGAUGCCUCGUUCGAGCGCGCCCUUCUCGCGCCUGACAACGGCCGAUCUUUGCAAGAACGUCUCAAGAGGAGGAUUCUUGACCACAUCAAGGGAGAUCACAAGUGCUUGAGCUGGAGGUCGUGGAGGAGAGAAGUGGCGAGUCAAGAGAUUUGACUGUUUUUGUAUGAGAAAGUGAUGGUGGAGAUCAUGCACAUGCACACCAAGGGAGAUUUUCUUAUAGUUUCAAGUUGUUAAUUUUAACUAAGUUUUGGUUUUCAAAAAUGUAAAUAAAAUAUGCUUGUACAAAUCUUUCAUUACGUUUUGACGUGUACUCAUGCAAUAGAAUAUGAAAUCAAAUAUAGUAUUUUCU